UUGGGACUUCCUCUUUGAGCAGUCUUCGUUUCCUCUCAUACAGGAGAGAUCUCAUUUUGCUUGAGACGUGAGUAAUUGAAACUAAAAUCACAUACCAACUUAAGGGUAUGAUGGCUAAGAAGCCCCCCAAACCAGCACCUCGCAGAAUCUUCCAAGAAAGGUUAACUAUUACCGCUCUCCCCUUAUACUUUGAAGGUUUUUUGUUAGUCAAGCGCUCAGAACACCAGGAAUAUAAACAUUACUGGACAGAAUUAAGAGGAACCACGCUUUUCUUUUAUACGGACAAAAAAAGUACAACAUAUGUCGACAAAUUAGACAUAACAGACCUCUCAUGCCUUACUGACCAUAAUUCAAGUGAAAAAAAUUGUGUGAUUUUUACCCUGGUUUUGCCAAAAGAGGAAGUGCAACUAAAGACAGAGAACACAGAAAGUGGGGAAGAAUGGAGAGGCUUUAUUCUCACAGUUACAGAGUUGGCAGUUCCCCAAAAUGUGUCUCUCCUUCCUGGACAAGUAAUUAGACUUCAUGAAGUCCUAGAGAGAGAGAAGAAAAGGAGGAUUGGGACAGAGUGGUCAAGUACAUCUCUGAAAAAUGAGAAGCAACCAAUUGAAGAUUAUGUGGAUGUAUUGAGCCCUAUGCCAGUAUGCUUUUAUUCAGUCUCCCGAAAAGAAGCAACUGAGAUGCUGGAGAAGAACCCUUCCUUGGGAAACAUGAUUCUGAGGCCUGGCAGCGACAGUAAAAACUACUCCAUCACUAUCAGACAGGAGACAGAUACGCCAAGAAUCAAGCACUACAAAGUGAUGAGUUCAGGGAAAAGCUACACUAUCGAAUUGGAAAAACCUAUAACUCUCCCAAACCUCUUCAGUGUCAUUGAUUAUUUUGUGAAGGAAACACGAGGAAAUUUACGACCAUUUAUAUAUUCAUCCGAUUAAAUCUUUGAGACCAAAGGAUUUCCUGGAACAUCCUCAAAACAAAAAGUGAGAGAUGGGAAUUGAAUAUAAAUUGCCUCCUGGAUAAAUAGAAUGUCGGUCAUCUAAUACUUGCACAAAUAGUAUUAGUAUUAAUCCAUAUGAGUAUUUGAGUAUUAGUACUACUUUAAUGAUAAAUACUAAUUAAUACUGGGUAGCAAAUUAUCUCCAAAAAUGAUGGUUAAAUCAAUAGUCAUUUUACUUAAUCAGCAUUUUUCACAUCAGCAAUCUUGAUUUGAUUUGACUGGGCCGUUCUUGCUGCCCUUGACAUGAUAGUAACCAGUUUAUGGCUUGACUGGGCCUGGACAGACCAAGAUGGCCUCAUCCACAUAGCUGGUGCUAGUGGCUCUUGAAUAGCAGAACAAAUCUCUUCUAGUCUUUGGGAUUAGCCCUCACUCAUGCACUAGAAAUUUUCAAACUGCAGGUGAAAAAGGUUGUUGCAUACUGUUGGGCUAGAAAUUUAUAAUGUUAAAGCCGAUGCACUAGAAAACUUAUUACAGAAGCUGUGAAUAGGAUAAUUCAGUUUAUGUCUUAAAUAUUGUAUCUGCAUUUCUCUUUAAAAUUAUGUUAAUAAAUAUGCUAAUGUUAAUAUUUAAUAUUAACAAAACAUUUUGACAGUCAAGCUACAAAACGUUCUAUUACCUCAGAAAAUAGUUUUUUCUUCCUUUGUAAUCAAUUCUACUUUUCACCCACAUUCUCUGGCCUUCAGUUCUAGAAUUUUGCUCUUUCCAGAAUGAUUUUUCAUAAUAUUUUAUAAAUAAAAUCUCAGU